CGACAAAUCUCAGCAGGCAAUCUGGAGCCGAGUCCCAUCCUGUUCGCCGCCUGCUACCUUAGCUCCUGCACCACCUUACCUUACCUCUACGUUACCGUACCUAACACAUAUGACAUACAUGACAUAGCCGACCUACCUGACAUACGUCCCUGACUGUAAUAGUCGAGAGGUACCUGACGUUAACCGACAGCUUCUUCAAGGGCCCCCUGGAGUCAUCCCACGAUUUCCGCCCCUUCUUUGCGUCCACAUCUCACAUCUACUACCAUCGUCGGUCCCUCCUUUCCGGGUCGUCGCGGUUGCUAUCGUAUCGAUCUGGGCUAUCUGGCUGGAUCUCUGUUUGACUUGUCCACGUUUUAAAUAAGGCAUUGCUUUCUUGUACCUUUUUUAUCCGUUUUUUUUUUCUUCCCUUUUUUUCUUCUUUUUGGGGAAAAUUUGGAGACAGACACCAACGAAAGACACCACCAAACCGACCACCACCACCACUACCACCACCACUUACAACAAACGAACUCUCAGCUCCAACGCUCGAACCGCGCAAUCGCAACGCAACCCGCCACCCGUCUGGGAACCUCAAGCGCCCACAAAGCCCUGUUCCGCGCCGGCACCGCAGUGCUUACCCGCUCCGUUGUCCCACGAUAAUAUCUUGCGCGACACCCUCUCCAUCUUCAGGUUCCUAUCCUAGACCUACCUAACUACCUACCUUGGGUUCUUAGUCCUAGCUUCCUUGGAGACUUGCUGCUGUUGGUGAACCCUAGUUCUACCUCUUCUAGGCUGGCCAACAGAUCCACGCAACUUUGUACGCCGUGCUCAUAGUUUGCGACACCUCUGACCUCUUUGGCUUUGCCAAUCCCCGGCCGUCUUCUCCCGCCUUCCUGACUCGAAUCUGGUGAUUUACACCACUGCCCGCGGCUUUUGGUUUCGCCCAAUUACGCACUCUUCUGCCAUCCAACAAGCACAGAGCUUUGCGCCAGUUCGCUACGCCAAACUCCUGAUUGUCGCGCCAUCCGCCUUCAGUGUUUCUCGAGCCCCCAUCUUUAACUGAAAAAGUUAAUAGUCGACACAAGAGACGAUUCUCAUUGUGCGGGCUGGAGACAAGACAGUCGAAAAAGGAAAAAAAAAGGAAAAAAAAAACCCCUCCGACAGAACGGAAAAGAGGCACAGGCUCGAGUGUUAUCGUUCCGCUAAUCACGGUCUCUGGUGCCAUUGCGUUUCCUAUCCCUCCACCAAUCGACAACUUGUAGUCGAAUGAAUUGAACGGUUUCCGCCACCCGGAGCUUUUGCUCAUCCUUAUAUCCAUGUCGUCAGGAACAGCAUUCAGAUCCAGAUAUUAGCUUAUUCCGCGGACCAUACAAGUGGCGGUGGAAAACUAGUCCUCUCCGCAAGUCUGGGCUUUGACCAAGAAGCCCCCCCCCUCCUUGAGCUUGUCGUAGACAUCUGCAGAUGAUCUACAACACAAAGCUGGAACUCAGAACAAACCCCUCGGCAUCUCACACGUUUCUACUCUUCUCGGCCACGAGGCUUCCGGUUAUUCCGUCGACGGUUUCAGCUUGACCUCCGCGAUCUUCAUCAUCGUCGCCUCGUUUCGUGUUAGUCCUGACAGCCUCACGGCAUGCUCACGUAACAAGAUGGAUCCCAACACACUCAGACAUCUCGAGUACUUUUCAGUACCCAAUCACCAGACGGUCAACCCCGUUGACCAAUCUUACAACUUGUCAGGGUCUACCUCUACACAGUCGCCAACACUAUGGGGCACCGCGCCAUCACUGGAAGCCAACCAUUCUGGCAUGAACUCGACGGCAACGACGACCAUGUCACUUGACUCUCUCUCACAAACUUCUCCAGCAACCGCUUUCACUGGCAUGUCCUCUCAUCCUUCAAUGACCCGACGGCCGUCCAUGUAUGGCAAUCAUACCGGAAUGCCGUCUUCAAAAUCAUCCAGAACCCGGGAAGGCCAUGAGAGGAAACGAACAAGGCUGGACUCUGAGCUAUCACCGUUCGACGAGCCGGACUAUUGGUUGCAGUUCGACAAUGACGACAACUUCGAUGAUCUUUCUGAAAUCACAGAGCCCCCUCGGCAGGAUCACAAAGGGAAAGGAAGAGCCCCGCAGCUAUCCCAACAACAAGAACAACAACAACAGCAACAGCAACAACGACGUCGGAGCACGGCACACUCCAUGGCAACAACGGCCCCCACUCACCGGAGAACUGCUGGUACGCUAAAAUCCGAGGACUACAUGGAAGACAGCGCCUUGGAUAAUGCUCUAUCGGAGGAUGAGCGGGCGAUGUCCCUGAAUCUGGCUGAGCAGCUUUCCAAAAUAGAUACAGCUCCGCCGCAAGAAGUACCCCCGCGUGAAGGUCUCUACUCGACACCCCUUAGCUGGGAGCGCCCGCAACCCGGUCUCAGAAUGGACUCCCUCAUAGGACUUAACCAACAAGCCCUGAACGAGGCCGAACAACGACGACUGAUUGCAAUUGCCAUGAAUCCUGGACCCAGCAUGGGAGGACUCGGCUCCAAUAUCAACCUCAACUUUGGGGAUAUGGCAACCGGGUUCAACUCGGGGUUCGGCUCGAGUUAUGCAAGUUCAUCGAUGGGUGGUGGUCAGAUGCCGAGGCCUGUAUCACCACCGCGGGCGAGCACAUCAUCCCAGUCACGACCAGCACCAGCGAGACCCCCCCAUAAACACGGCAGCAUAAGCGAAAAGUCGAGCGAGAGGAUGGGUAGUGGUGACAAGCACAGAAAGGUAGAGGAAAAGCACAAGAUUGGGGAUCGGACGGCGCAUAACGAUAUUGAAAGGAAAUAUCGGACCAAUCUCAAGGAUAAAAUUGCCGAGCUGCGGGAGGCGGUCCCUGCGCUUCACACAAUAUCGGAGGCUGGAGGGGUGGAAGAUGACGGGUCGCAAAAUUCGAGAGCGCCCAAAGUUAGCAAGGGAACAAUCCUCACCAAGGCCACCGAAUACAUACACCAGCUCGAGCGGAGGAACAAGCAAAUCACCAUGGAGCACCGAGAGCUCUCGCGAAAACUGCAGGCGUUUGAGCAGCUACUCAAUCACACGGCCGCGACGGCGUACCAGAUGCCAGCGUAUAGCAGGACUUUGUUCGACCCCAGAGGAUUCUGCUAGAACGUCGGCUUCAGCAAGUUCGGCGAUUUGUGCCACUUUGUAUUUUUCUGUCAUUUGUCAGCGUUUAAGCAUCGAUUGGCUUUGAGGCGUGUUUUUAUGACACAUUUGUUUAUCUAUUUAGAUGAACUUGUUUCGACAAUCUAUGUGUAACUUGUUCUAUUUUAUCAAGUAUUGAUUCGGUAUCAAUCCCACUUUUUAAAACGUUUGUUGGUCACCCGCUCCAAGCCUGACACGAAAUAUUUGAAGGGGCGAUGAAAGGGGCAAAAGACGCGAAAAUAGCAUGACGAGAAGGGAAUAAAAUUGCGCUGUGGGGUUUUUUU